AUUUAGGCUGCGAAGCGGGAGCUCUUGUUACCUCCAAUUGUUUAUCCUUACCAUUCAUUUCCAUCGCUGCGACAGCGUGCAUCGCUGCGACAGCCGUGCGUGCGCUGUUGCACCUGCGAGCGCACCAGCACAGCCACAUCUCGAGGAGCUCGAGCUGAGGGCAUAUAGACAUAGCCGUAUAAACGAUGUCGACGCGCACCUUGACAUUCAAAUGGCGCACGACCACGGAGCGACUCGACGUGCCCGUGGGUGAAUCACCCGUCACCACCGCGGCGAGACACUUCGGCCUCGUGCCGGCGCGCACGACGCUCGUCUUUCGCGGCAAGCGCUACCGUCUCGACGACGCCGUCGUCGACGCGGCGGACGACCUGUUUGGGGUUGUUGGAGACAUCAUGGUGCUGGGCACGCCGGCGCACCAGCAACUCGACGCGCCCUCUCGCGCGGCGGCGGUCGCGCGGCGCGUGCCGGUCCUCGGGCCGCUCCUCGCGUGUGUCUGCGAUGCGAUUGUUGUUCUUUGCGUCCGCGCGCGGGACGACUGGGCGCCCGCCCUGGUGCGGGGCCUCGUGGCCGUGACGCGCGGCGUUGGCUUAUUUUUUACGUCUCUCGUGCCGCGGGCGCCGAGCCGGGCGCGGCGGCGGGACCCGUAAUUUUUAAAUUGUUAUUA